CAAGAGCACACUGCACUUGUAAAUUGUUUUACAUCCCCGCAUUUUUAAAAUAACAAAAUAAAGCAAGAACAACGCAUUUUGGCGUCCAACGUGGGGCAGUGUAAAAUAAGUUCACUUUUUUUGUGCAAAAGUGUGAAAAACUUUGUAAAAUUCAAAUUGUGAUUAUUAUACAAUAGUUGCAUCAAUUGCUGUAAAAAAUUUACAUACAUAUGCACGUCCAACAAACAGUUUAGUGAAGCAACAUAAAUAUAAAUUACAUUCGCUGUUGUUGGUGGGUCCCUGGACUGAUAUUCGUUUAUUUUCACAUAACUGGUUUGCGAUCGGAUGAUUUGUCUGGUGAGAUUUUAAGCAUUUCUACUGUUGCUGAAAUUACCGCUCAUUGGAAAGCGUACGUAUGUAUAAAAACAAAUUACUUUAUCAUCAUACAUACGUUUAUCCAAUUACAUCCAUACAUAAUUCGCUAAAUCGCCGUUUGGAACAUUUUGGUUAACGGAGUUGCACUCGCUGCCUUUGUUAGCAGAUCAUCGCAUACUCAGCAUAGGUCAGCGCCUUUACAGCUCUGCUCAGCUGAACGUUCAUAGCUCUGCCGGCACUUGAAAGCGUCGCCCGCUUGGUCGCUGCACCGUUGCUGCUGUUCUGUCAACGCAACUAUUCUGAGAGCUCUGCUGCCAGCAGCAGUUAUUAUCGCGCUUUAUUAGUUAUUUGUAUUUUCUACAUUUUUUGCUGGCUGCACUAAAUGUUAGUGAGACAUUGUAUAGUGAGACAACGCAUUGUUAGUGAGCAGUAUACAACUUCUUUUUUUGCCGUCGCUAUUACUGACCGCUGGUAGUUAUUCUCUUCGCUUUACAUUAAGGGUGUACAAAAGUAACGUAAAAAGAAUAAUGUCUCUUGAACACUCCAAACGCAAACGUGCUAAUAUAAAACGCAAUAUAUCACGUAUUAAAUCUAUAGUUGAGGGAUCAAAAGACUUUGAUGAAAAGCCUUCACAUGCGGAGUUGCAAUGCCGACUGGGAAUACUAGAGUCAUACUUUAAGCAAGCACUCUCAGUUCAAGCUGACAUUGAAGAUUUGGAUCCAUCAGACACAGGUCGCGCAGAUUUAGAGGAUAGCUAUGUCACAGCCAAACUUUGCAUUCAAGCACAACUUGGGGACGAAGAAAACGUUACAAUUAAUUACCCCGAGACAGCAGCUCCAACACCUGUUUCCACGCCAUCAUUCUUGCCAAGGUUGUCGCUGCCUACUUUCAGCGGGAAUUAUGCAGAAUACAAAAACUUUAUUGCGUCUUUUACUCAACUUGUCGCUCGGGAACCUAGACUAUCAAAUAUAGAACGAUUCAAUUAUUUGUUGUCGUGUCUUAAAGGUUCAGCCCUGGAAACCGUAAGAGCCUUCCAGGUAACCAGCGAAAACUACCCGAAAGCUUUAGAUAGACUCAGGGAACGCUUCGAUAAUGCCACUUUGAUUUUUUUUAAGGAGUUGCCUCCUUAUUUACGCUGCAAACAGCCGGUAAAUCAAACUAUCAACAAUUACGUAGUUUGAUUGACAAGGCAUCAGCUAUAUUCAGCUCGUUAGAAGCGUUGGGCACGAGCUCCAAUAUCGCACAAGCAAUGCUGAUUUAUAUUGUCAUUAGAAAAUGUGAUCAGCAAACUCGCAACAAAUGAAAUGAAUCGCUAGCCUACAAAUCGCUUCCAACUUGGAUACAAUGCACCCAAGUUUUAGAACGCCAUUGUCAGUUUUUGCAUUCAUCCGACUCCUCGUCACAUCAUAAGUUCGAGUCCACCAAACCAAUUCGGAUUACAACCCGUGGACAAAAUUCAUCAUUCGCCAUCACUAGCCUUCUUAAGUUCUUUGCUCUAGCGAUAAACACAUUGGAUGCUUUCAAUUUAAGGACAUGAACACGAAUCAACGCUACGAUGCCGCCAAGAAAUACGACCUCUGUAUCAAUUGUCUGAGCAAUGGUCACAGAGUAGCUCAGUGUGCGUCGAAGCAUCGCUGCCGCUCCUGUAACAGAACGCAUCAUACGCUCUUGCAUCAUGACAACGCGACUCUGCCUACACUUGCACGUCCAACAUCUCUUCCUGUUUCGCAAUCGUUUCAACCAUCAUCAUCAUGUUCAACCAAACCUCAUACAUACAACCAACUAGCUGCCACGCAUUCGCAUAUGGAGACAUCGGAUCACGGGCAGGUCAUUUUAGCAACAACUUUAGUUUUAGUUAAAGAUUCAACGGGUGCGUACAAGCUUGGAAGAGCCCUUCUCGACUCAUGUUCUCAAGUGAAUUUCAUGACCGAUGAGUUCGCACAAAGGCUUCACCUUCGUGGAGAAAAGUAUUACAUUGGCAUUCGCAGCAUAUGUGACCCAGUUAUCAACCUUAAAGCUCGAACCACCACAACAAUUAAGGCGCGUACAUCAGCAUUUCAACUUUCGCUCCAGUUUGGUAUCACACCCCAUAUUGCAUACCAACCUGACGCUGAAGUUGACACAUUAAACUGGAAUUUGCCAGCCAACACAACUUUGGCUGACGAAACGUUCUUCAAACCUCGACGCAUCGUUCUGUUGCUUGGAACACGGGCAUUUUUUGAAGCUCUCGCUGUUGGUCAAAUUAAGAUUGGCCAAAAUUUACCUACAUUGCAAAGAACAUUAUUUGGCUGGGUGGUUUCUGGAAGAUACCAGUCCAAGCACUAUACGCCUUCGAAGUCAUGUCUGCUAUUUCGCGAAGACUCUGUUGACGCAAACAUGCAACGCCUUUGGGAGCUCGAAACUGUCGACUGGAAACCCAACCCUACUUCACCUGAUCAUCGGAUUUGUGAACGUCAUUUUAUAGCCACAACACAUCAAGAUACUACUGGACGCAUAAUUGUGAGGCUGCCAUUUAAGGACAAUCCCGCUGCACUUGGAGCCUCAUUCGACAUCGCUCGUCGCCGAUUCUUAGCAAUAGAACGCCGUCUGUCGCAUUCGCCAGACACUUAUUCCCAGUACGUCUCGUUCAUCGAAGAAUACGAACGUCUUGGUCACAUGUCUGUAGUAAAAGCGCCGAAAUUAGAUGAACCACACUAUUACAUACCACAUCACUGCGUACUGAAACCUACAAGCACAUCAACAAAGUUUUCGACGCCUCUUGCCAAACUACGACACAAACAUCGCUAAAUGACUUACUUUUAGUUGGACCAACUAUCCAAACAGAGCUGUACAUGUUGCUUCUGCGCUUCCAUUUAUAUCGUUACGCUAUCACCAAAGAUGUCACUAAAAUGUACAAGCAGUAUCCUUGAAUAAAAAUGAUCGGAAAUUUCAUUACAUUCUUUGGCGAGCUUCUGCAGACACAGAUCUUCUCACAUACCAGCUCAACACUGUGACAUAUGGUACCGCCUCAGCCCCAUAUCUAGCAGUGCGAAGCCUUCACUACUUAGCAGAUAAGCAUAUGGCAGAAUUUCCAAUUGGCGCCGCGGCUGCAAAGACUUUGUUCUAUGUCGAUGAUUUUCUAUGUGGUGCGGAUGACACAGAUGCCUUACACACAUUAAAGAAAGAAGUUAUUGAGAUACUUCGACGCGGACAGUUUCCUCUAUCCAAGUGGCAUUCCAACCACCCAGAUUUCAUGGAAGGCCAAACUAUGAAAGAACUAGGCAUUACUGGCGAUUUUACAUCAAUUGCACUUGGGAUGACUUGGAAUCAACGCAACGACAAGUUGUUAUUUUCAUUCACACCAAAGCAAGUUCACAAGUCUGUCACAAAUACUGUCUAUCGCUUCAUCGCUGUUCGAUCCACUUGGAGUGCUCUCACCACUCGUGAUAACCUCAAAAAUAAUUAUGCAGGAAUUGUGGCUGCUAAAAUUAGAUUGGGACGAGUCGGUUCCCCAACAUAUACACCAAGCCUGGAAUUGUUUCUUAGCAUCUCUAAACACGCUUUCAUCACUCAGCCUGCCUCGUUUUUGUCUGCUACCAAAUGCUCGCGACAUACAGUUGCAUGGUUUUUGCGACGCAUCAAUUCGGGCAUACGGUUCGGCGAUUUACAUACGCAUAGAAGACUCCGACGGAAAAGUUGCUGUGCAUUUAUUAACGUCGAAAUCAAGGGUCGCACCAGUAAAAAAGCAGUCUCUUCCAAAACUCGAACUUUGCAGUGCCCACCUUCUCGCUUGCCUGUACGCUAAGAUAAAGAACAUAUUCACCUCUGUUAGCAUAACUACUUUCUUUUGGACUGACUCGCAACUAGUUCUACUUGGGUAAAACAACAGUCUGUUACGCUGUCAACGUUCGUGGGCAACAGGGUAUCUGGCAUACAGGAAUUGACCACAGGUGGACAAUGGAGGUAUGUGUCUUCCAAAGAGAAUCCAGCCGACCUAGUAUCUCGAGGCUGCCCUGCUGCUGAACUCAAAUCUUCGAUAUGGUUUUCUGGUCCUCACUUUUUGCAAGAAAACGCAAUGAAAUGGCCAAGACACACAGGCAAUAUUGAGCUUGACAUAGAUAUUGUGAACAGAGAAAAACGCAAGAAGACAUUUGCUAUAGUUAAGGAGGUAAAUUACUUGAUCGAUGUCAUUGAUGGCAUAAGCUCGUAUCUCCAUUGUCUGCGUCUCAUCGCCUGUCUCUUUCGGUUCAGUGAUAAAUGCAGACGAAAGCCUACGACAAACACCAUUUCGCCAUCUCCUGACGAAUUACGAAGUGCAUCAUAUUGCAUUAUUUUUAACAUUCAGCAACAUUUUUCAAACGAUAUUCAAUUGCUUCGAAAAAACCAAGCCCUAAGGAGUAACUUGAAGUUUCUCACACCAUUCUUGGACAACGUUGAACUCAUAAAAGUUGGCGGACGUCUAGAUUAUGCAGAUUUACCCAACUCGCAGAAACAUCCGAUUAGACUACCCAGCGAUUCCCAAUUUGUACUAAAGUACGUUCGACACCUACAUUUGCGAAAUUUUCAUGCAGGCCCAAAGGCAUUGGUCGCCUUCAUCAGAUUAGAAUUUUGGAUUGUCAACGCUAGAGAUGUUGCUCGUCGCAUCGUUCGUUCUUGUGUGCAUUGUGUUCGUUACAAGCCAGUGCUGUUACAACAGGUAAUGGGCCCACUACCAGUUACACGUAUUACACCUGCACGCCCAUUUGAACGUUGCGGAAUCGAUUUUUGUGGACCAAUUAACACAUAUCUUCGAAUUCGAGGAAAACUACCCACCAAGUCAUAUUUAGCUGUAUUCGUGUGCCUCGUAACUAAAGCUGUGCACAUCGAGGUGGUCAUCGAGUGGUCGCCGUAAAAUGCCAUGUGAUAUCUUUUGCGACAACGCUACCAAUUUUGUGCGCGCAUCUAACCAGUUAAAGGACCUCAAACAGUUCUUAUCCAAGACUGAAACUGAAAUCUAUAAAUAUUGUUCCUCUGAUUUUAUUAAUUUCCUUUUUAUUUCACCCAGGGCACCUCACUUCGGCGGCCUCUGGGAAGCUGCGGUGAAGAGCGCGAAAGGGUUGUUAAAUCGCACAUUGGCAAACACUAAAUUGACAUUCGAAGAGUUAAGCACCGAUGCUGUAGAAGUAGAAGACAUUCUCAAUUCACGUCCGCUAUGUUCAAUGUCAUCAGAUCCCAACGACUUUGGUGCACUGACAGCUGGUCAUUUUUUGGUCGGUGAUUCUUUGCGUGGAUUGCCUGAGCGCUCACUGGAGCUGAAGAUCGUUUUACACCUUGAUCGCUACAACACAAUUACUGCCAUCAAACAAAGUUUUUGGCGCCGCUGGUCUGUGGAUUAUAUAAACGAACUACGAGCCCCUGUAAAGUGGACAACACCUUCACUUGAUCUCACUAAGGGUGCUUUAGUGGUCAUACAUGAUGACAAUCUGCCACCGCAACGUUGGAAAUUAGGUCGAGUCGAAUCAACCGUGCUUGGACGAGAUGGCCAUGUUAGAGUGGUGAAUCUCCGAACUGCCAAUGGAACUCUUUGUAGGCCAAUACAUAAAUUAGCCAUCCUUCCGAUUUCUUGAAAGAAAGUUCUUUCAACGGGGGCCGGGAUGUUGGGUCACCCUAAUGACAUGGCCCGUGCUCCGGAUAAAAUUACGCUGCUUACAUUUGUACACACAUGUAUACAUACACAUAUUGUACUCAUAAUUUUCUUUACUUCUGUCAAUACUCAAAUCUUUUAAAGAGUAAUUAUGUAUAUACAUAUGAACAACUUUGCAAAUAAAUCACUCGCUAAUAAACCGUGAACAAGA